AUGUCGAUGGGGUCCAUGACUAGCUGCGAGAGCCUCCUCGACGCCGACCUGGGCGGGGCUCCGCGGCAGGUGUUGGGGGGGGGGGGGGGCGCGGCGCCCGAGCGCGUGGCGAUCGUGGGCAGCGGCAACUGGGGAUCUGCCAUCGCCCGCAUCGUCGGCCGGAAUGUGAUUGAGCAGGAGGGUUUCGAGCACCAGAUCCGCCAGUGGGUCUUCCCCGAGAAGGUUUCGCACAACGGCGUGGAGGCGUGCCUAACCGAGGUCAUCAACCGGGAGCACGAGAACGUCAAGUACCUUCCCGGCGUCAAGCUUCCCGAGAACCUGGUCGCGGAGGGCGAUCUCGCCCUCGCCGUCAAGGACGCCACGAUCCUCAUCUUCGUGCUGCCCCACCAGUUCCUGGGACGGGUUCUGCCGACGGUAGCCGAGGCGCUUGGACUAACCAAGAGCGGGGGCAACGCAGGGGCAGCACCGGGCGGCCGCAGGAUCCGAGCGGUCUCGCUCAUCAAGGGGGUGGACAAGGGACCCGACGGUCUCAAGCUUAUCUCGGAUCACAUCCGCGAGGGCCUUUGCGGCGCCGUGCCCGUGAGCGUGUUGAUGGGGGCGAACGUCGCGAACGAGGUCGCCCGCGAUGAGCUUUGCGAGUCUACGCUGGGCCUUGCCGACGAGGACUACGCGUCUUGCAGAGCGGCGGGACUUUCGGUAACGGCCGAUGCCGACACCGACACCUUGAGGCUCCUCUUCAACCGCCCUACGUUCCGCGUUACGGUGGUGCGAGACGCCUCAGCCACGGUCGAGUUGUGCGGCGCGCUGAAGAACGUCGUGGCGCUAGGGGCGGCCUUUUGCGAUGGCCUGGGGUACGGGGGAAACACCAAGGCGGCUAUCGUCCGCACAGGCCUCGCCGAGAUGCAGGUCUUCGCACAGAGAUUGCGCUGCGACGCGAGCUCGUUCGACGCGACGGCCUCUUCGAGGGCGUUCUUAGAGAGCUGCGGGAUAGGGGACUUGAUGACCACCUGCUAUGGCGCCAGCCGCAACAGAAAAUGCGCAGAGAUGUUCGCCCGCGAAAGCGGUAAGCGCUCUUGGGAGCAGCUGGAGGCGGAGGAACUGGGGGGCAUGAAGCUGCAAGGGCCCAGCACGGCGGUCGAAGCGUUCGGCGUGAUCAAGAAGAAGAAGUGCGCCCGGAAGUUCCCGCUCCUGACAACCAUCUACCGGAUCGCGCACGAGGGACAGUCCGCCAAGACCAUCGUGGAGUUUGACAAGGUGCAGGCAUGAUGAGGUUUCGCGAUCGUACGAUUGGCGCGGUUACACCAUGGUAGAGCUUUCGUGCAAGACCGUUGUUCCACAGGCGAUUGACGGAAAGAGGCCGCAUGAUUUACGGUGUACGUUGUUUUUGUGUUGGCACGUGGUUUGGCCCGGGAUUAUAGAGUUUGGAGUGACUUCUUGCAAGUUCGUUCCUUGUUGUGACAUACAAGUACGUGUUCUUAGAGGUGUGGAUGGACUACAUAGUCCGCACGUUAGUUUGGCGCUCAAGCGUUAGCGGAAAGAGGAAGACACGCCGCAGUGCGUAAGCUUGGAUGGUUGUAGCACGCGUCGCAAGGCUGACGUGUCAUAGAGACGUUGCUUGUGGCAUGUGAAAGGUUAGGGUCGAUUGGUCGGGGGGAAGCAAAGUUCUAUCACGUCUCGUGCCUCCCCCCCCUCUUUCAUCUACAUUCAUAGGAAACGAUAGGAUAAUAGAGUAUUCGGCACGUGGCGGCUUGAUGUCCUUGUCAGGUCAGCUCCAGCGUGUGUUGUCAUUGUCCUCGGCUAGUACUGGGGGAGGUGGAUGGCUUGGUGGCCAUGAUGCAAAUCUGCCCGCCCAAACAGAAUCGGUUCAAUCAAAAGGUUGUCAUGAGCCACAACUCUAGCGCUUCGGGUAUCGACCACCCACUGCAAUGGAGGGUGCCAUUAGCUUACGUUUUUUUUUUUUUUAAUACAUACCUUGGCGUUGUUGUACAGUACUCAUGUUGUCUUUUGGAGAAGAGAAGCGGAUACAGGAUACAGCUUGUUCAAUUAGCAGCAAUUCAGCUUGUUGCACGUCUAUUCUUGGCUUCCCUGCCACGCCACUCCCUCCCUGCUGUUGACCCAAGGUGGGGUAAGAGGCAUGUCCGAAGAGGGGUGAAGCUCACCCCUCAAGAGAAGAAAAAAAAAACACACACACACACCAAGAAUCCCACGUCGACCACCGACUCCCCCAACACAACGAAAUCCGAAUGCAAGCAGGCUUCGGCGCGAGCGGGAGAAUUGAGAAGGAAGACGAGGAAAACAGCGGGUUUUCUACCAUCCCGGUUAUGAGAUGUCAUCACUUGUUUUGUAACCUUUUUUGCCUGCGUAGGGGGGGGGUACAUGGGACGAGCACUAGCAGAUGGUGAGAAGCUCCGCGGCUACAAGGCCCCCAACACAGUAGGAGGGAGCAUAUGCUUGUUUUGGACGUAGGGGGUGUAAUCAAAGCUAUGAAAGCCAUGCAUGUCGUAGUUGUCGCACCUUUGACCACGCAUCCCUACGAAACCGGGACGGAUUUCGUCACCGGACCAGCUUCGCUCGCGCAUUACCAAGCGCGAAAAUCCGUGAGGUAUUCGGCAAGUCGCAUGGGCGGGGGGAGGGGGGCGCGAUCGAGAAGUGAGCAGUGCAGUGGAGCAGCCUUUAAUACGCUGUUUCAAGUGGGGGGGUGGAUUUAGGCGAAACGAUCGCUACAAAGGCGGUGUUUUUGUCUCCUUCUACCGCUACACGCCGUUUAGCCCACGUGGAGCCGAAGCAGGUUUUUUUUUUGUCCGCUUCCAGUCAGUCGACCCGAACGGCAGCGCGCCUAAUUAUCCACUCUCUGUGGUGCUUUGAAAUCCUCAGUUGGUGCAGGGGCGUCAUCGUUGAAGAAUGAAAUUUUCAUGAAAUUAGAGAAUCGGCGGUCACGUUUUUUAGGCCGCCAGAAUUAUCCAGCCCUGGAGACUGGUACAACAUGGCACUUUCGGUAAUUGCUGUGUUCGGCAGGUGGUACUGCCGCGUGCUCCAUGUUGUGAAAGGAUCGGCGUGCCCGCAGUCAGUGGAGAUCUUGCACAGGGUGUAUUCUAUGCAUACAUGUUUCUCGUGAGG